UGUGUUUUCAUGUUGGACUGCAUGUGGGUGGGGGUAUCCAGGGGGUAGGGUGGUAGAAUGGGGGACUGGAUUAAUCAUUUUGGGAGCAGGGUAAUCGGGUGGGGUAUUAGGGCAGUAAUUUGCAGGGUGAGAGGUAGUAGAAGCUGAUUUGCAGUUGGGUGGGGUAUUAGGGCAGUAACUCAAAGGUCUGUCUCUUUGCUCAGAUACUGGUUUCUCUGAGUCGGCACCAUGAGCCCCAAGCAGAUUGUUUUUAAGAAGCUAUGUCGGGACAAGUCGGUGGGCGUGUACAUGGGGAGGCGGGACUUUGUGGAUCACGUCGACUUUGUGGACCCAGUGGAUGGUGUUGUCCUGGUUGAUCCCACACAACUGAAGGAUAAAAAAGCAUAUGUCACUCUGUCCUGCACGUUCCGGUAUGGCCCGGAGGAUGCCGACGUCAUUGGUCUGAAAUUCUGGAGGGAAAUUUACCAGCGGACCCACCAGGUGUACCCCCCUCUGCUGGACAGGGAGAAGAGCACCCACACCAAAACGCAGGAAAAGCUUCUGCACAAGCUGGGGGUCAAUGCGUACCCCUUCUUUUUUGAGUUACCAGACAACCUGCCCUGCUCAGUGGCUCUGCAGCCUGCUCUGACUGAUGUGGACAAGCACUGCGCCGUAGAGUUUGAAGUGAAGGCCUUCUCAGCCAAGAACCAAGAUGAGAAACCCCAAAAACGGAGCACGGUCAAGAUGAUGAUCCGGAAGGUUCAGCACGCGCCCGACCAGAGUGGCCCCGCCCCUUCGCUGCAGACCGCCUACGACUUUGUCAUGUCCGAAAAACCUCUGCUUGUGGAGGCCAGCCUGGACAAACAGCUGUAUUACCACGGGGAGAACAUUGACGUUCAUUUGAGCAUCACAAACGACUCCAGCAGAACAGUGAAGGGCGUCACCGUUUUAGUGGAGCAGGUGGCCAAUGUGGUCCUGUUCUACAAUGACAGCUACACAGAGCCAGUGGCCAUGGAGCAGUUCUCAGACACAGUGGCCUCUGGUGACAAGCUGGACAAGGUGUAUACCAUCCUCCCACUAUUGGCUAACAACCGAGACAAGAAGGGCAUAGCACUGGAUGGAAAGCUGAAGUAUGAAGACACUAACCUGGCUUCCACUAGCAUUGUGAAGGAAGGUGUGCUGAAGGAGGUUCUUGGGAUACUGGUGUGUUACAGAUUGGUGGUGAAACUCAAAACCAGCGGGCUGGUUGCUUCCAGUGAGGUCAGAGCUGAGCUACCCUUCCAGCUGAUGCAUCCCAAGCCGGAAACAGUGGGGAUGAUGGGGAGGAGGUCUGUGAUGAGUUGAAGCACUGCUCCAUGAAACAAGAAACAGACAAGGCGGAAGGGGAGGAGGGCAACGCAUCGCCCGCUGAAGGUUGAUGACAUCACGCGGGGGUUGGAAGGGGUGGGGGAGGUGGCGGUCCCUGGCGGUCUCCAGAGGCAGCUGGUGAAACUCAAAAAACAAGCUGUCUGUGCAGGGGUACCCAAUAUUUGCCUGGAAAUUAAUUUAUGCAUACGACCUUCCCAGGGAUCAAACACAUUCUGGUUUCACAGCUGUUGGCUCCAUACAUUUCCGUUAAGAUGCUGCUUAGGGUUUGCCUCUCACGCGGUGCAAACAAUUGCUUUUUCUUUUCCUUUAAAAAAAAAUGAAAACCAGCAGGUUUUUUUUAAUUCUCUGUCAUUGGCGACCACACAGCUGGUCACACUAUAGCGGACACAUGAUUGGAGUAAUGGCCUGCAUGAUGCAGUCACUGAGGAUUACUGAUGCUUUAGAAUCCAUCGAGGGAUGGGUUACCCACAUAACUGGUUGCACUGUUUGAGAAGCAAGUUAGUUACUUAUAGGUAGUUGUCACUUUCAUUUACAGCAAGGAAACAUGCUAGCCAAAGCUAUUUAGGUCAAAUCGAUUGAACUUUGAAUUGAUUAAAAUCACAAGCUUUUAAUGUAGGCAGAUAUUCAAAUGAUUGAGGCCAUAACUACAUACUAAGGAUACAAUCUUCUUUAUAUAUUUAUUGUAUGUAUAUUUCUGUAUAUUCAAAUACAAAACAAAAAACUGAUCAUGAGCUAUAUUGUCAGAGGUGUCCCAGAAACAUCUCCUUCCCCAUUUAUUUUAAGCUGUGUAAAAUGGUGAUUGUGAAUCUUAUUUAAUACUCAAUGCAUUUUUUGUAAUACUGAAUGCAGCUUGAUAAUAAUUCAUAAUAAUGAAGUGUUUUCUGACAUUUAUUAAAGGCUUUUAAA